UCUGCAUUUACUGACGCAGGUAUACCUUUAUAAGCGAGAUUCAGCUAAAGCGCGGCAACACAUGCCUCGAAAUCAUAUCGAAUGAUGCGUCACCGCGUUUUCGUGGGAUCUCGUUUCUAUAGGCCCAGUCGUGUAGUAACAACCGUACGAAAUGCGCACGACUACGAGCGGAAACAGUGGCAUCGCCGACUGACAGGCGGGCUGCUGCAGAAAGACAUAGCCUGACAGCCAACUGGCGUCAACUCCAAAACGACGCUCCAAUAACGGCGGCUGCGGAAGAGGCUGCGGCCAGCGUAUCCAGGGGUUUCGGAACAACGGUUACAUCGUAUUCGUCGUCAUGACCGUACGGUACUUUCACCCGGCCGACUAUGGCGUGCUGGUAGCCGUGAUGGGCCUUUCGUCCUUCAUCGGCGUCUACUUCGCAUGGAAGGACCGCCGCAGCACCAACAACAAGGAGUUCCUCGUGGGGAAUAGACAGUUACAGGUGUUUCCGGUGACAAUGUCAAUGAUGGCGAGCUUUCUGUCGGCGGUCGCUAUACUGGGCGUGCCUUCGGAGAGCUUCAUGCACGGCUCCCAGUACAUGAUCAACUUCAUCGGCAUCGUCGUCGGCAUCAUUUUGGCAGUCCAUGUGUUUCUGCCCGUGUUCUACGAGAUUGACAUGAUCAGUGUCAAUCAGUACCUGGAGAAGAGGUUCAACUCUGUGCUCAUCCGCAAGCUUACAUCUUUGAUGACUACGAUCCAACUGUGUUUCUACAUGGGAGUAGUGCUGUACGCUCCGUCGCUUGCGCUUGGGUCGGUGACAGGACUUCCUGUGUGGCUCUCCAUCUUACUGAACGGUGGUGUUUGCGCCUUUUACACGGCAAUUGGAGGGAUCAAGGCCGUCGUCUGGACCGACGUGAUACAGAUGGUGUUGAUGGUUUCUGGGCUGCUCAUCGUCUUGAUUCAGGGCUUAAUUAUGACUGGUGGACCUGCGCCAGUUAUUGAAGCCGUGGACAAGCAUGGACUACUGGAGUUUUUUGACAUCAGCUUCGACAUGCAGAAGACCUUCACCUUCUGGAGUGUGGUCAUCGGCUGCUCUGUCACCUGGAGCAUGGGCUUCUGCACCAACCAGAGCAUGAUUCAGCGAUUCUGCGCCCUCGGCUCCAUUCGCAAGGCACGCACGGCGCUGUACAUCAACAUGCUGGGCGUGGCAGUCACAAUGAUGCUAGCUGUAUUCUGUGGCUUGGUGCUUUUCACUCUCUACCACCAGUGUGAUCCAGUCAAGGCGUCCAUUAUUAACAAGUACGACGAGUUAAUGCCGUACUUUGUGAUGGACACAUUUCAUCGCCUGCCUGGUAUAGCUGGGCUCUUCGUCACAGCCGUCUACAGCGGAUCCCUCAGCACGAUGUCAUCUGGUUACAAUGCAUUGGCUGCGAUCACAUGGGAAGAUUUCUUAAAGGCGAAGGUGAAGCUGUCGCCCAGAGGAACCAUGUGGGUGACGAAGGCUAUCGCUGCCGGUUACGGUAUCCUCACGGUGGUCAUUGCAUUCCUUGCCGGCAGCCUGCCUUCCGUCAUGUCGGCAACUUUCGUCACAACUGGAUCCUUUGGAGGUGCCUCUGGAGCCACAUUCUUCGUCGGUCUCCUAGUUCCAUGGUGCGGAAGCCUAAGUGCUUUGCUGUCCAUGGUCACGGGAAUGGGACUGUCCUUCUGGGUGGCCAUCGGAGGCAUGCUCUAUCCUGCAAAACCAGUGGCUGUCCGCACUACGCUUGAACAGUGCACGUUUAACUACACGACUCGGGUGCCUAUCCAUCGGACAUAUUACACCGGCGGCAUAUACGACCUGUACCAUGUGUCCUACUUGUGGAUUCCCGUUAUCAGCUUCCUUACCACUUUCAUCGUAAACGUCCUCAUUACGCUCCUUUGUGGUUUCAAGAACUCGGCUGAUGUUGACCCAAGCCUAAUAGCGCCGUUCAUGAGGAAGCUCUACUCCAGGACGAUAACUACAAAGCACAAUGAACAAAAAUGUGGAUCUCCUAAGGCGGAGAACAAUGUCGCCGAGAAACCCGCCAAGAAACUCCACGACAUCAGCAUCAUUUCGAACGGCCACGUGAACUACGCCAUGACCAAUGACGACGGCACACAAAACACAGCCAUGUAGCGAGCCAAGAAGAUUCCUACGUGUAUUACGGCGACGGAUCGUUUCCGCCGUUGUUGUACCUGUGAUUUAUGAGCCGUGAACUGAAAUUUGACGAGUGGGACUCGUGCAGCACACUCCCGAGGGCCCUGCAGCGGAGACAGUACAAACUACAGAGUGAUGUCAUCCAAAGAUGUCCGAGGAUUCUGCAGCGGCAAUCGUACAAAACUAGUGAUGUAAUCCAAAGAUGUCGUUUGUAGAUGCCAACAAAAUGUGACGGGGCAUACGUGUCAACGAUCUGCACGCUGAAGUGCCAAGUGUUUAUUACCAGAGUUUAUAACGGAAUCGCGAGUGUGAUUCCAUUCCACAUGUUCGCGUCAAGUGCGGCAGGCCCGCAACAGUCGCGCUCGUAGUUUUAUUGUUUGCCUCACUUUAUUUUGCGCUUUAAUGGUUUCUCUAAGAAACAUAAUGUCGAAUGCUAUUUGCGGCCGUAUUCUUGUUUUCUAUAUAAUUUUAGUUUUCGUUGCGUUUUAGUGUGCAUCAUCAUCCUCAAAUUGUUUCAUGUUCCAUCUUUGAAAUAUGUAGCGUGCUUUUUUUGCCACAAACAUCGUACUUUCUUUUAGCUACACUUGGUGCGAGAGCAACAAGGGUGCUGUCAAGCAGAGCAACGAGCUCACGAACACCGUGAACGGAACAUGUCCGCGUUCCUACAGCGUUCAUGCCACAAUUGUAAAUACGCGUGUUUUCAUUGUGCAGUCACAACAUUGGUUCCUUGUUCGGUGCAACGGAGCAGUACUCGUUCAGUUCAGCCUGAUUGCAUCUCAAUGAGUUCCUAAAACUACAGGCACUGUGCCUCUGCUACGAGAGCUUUACCGGAGGUUUUAAGAGCGAGUUUUUAUUGCCUACAACACACACAAUACAAUGUAUUUAAUAUAUCCAGCAAAUGCUAGCGCGGUACAGGCUGACUGUAAGGACAUCGCGAACGGAGUGAAAUCCUCGAAGAUCUUAUACGAUACGCCAAGAACUCUUGGAACUACCUCGAGCUUGGGUAAACUGUAAUCUUUCUAGUUUUCCAAGGUCUUGCAGCCAAUAAGUUUGUACAAGAUUGUUCGUUCCACUUAACUGUCCCAAAUAAUGCUUGCCUGUUUGAGUUUUCGGAAUACACAUUUACUAUUGCACAUCGUUCAAGCUUCCGAAACAAAGAAACAGAAAAAGCUACCCGAAUUCACGAGAUAUACUCACAUGCAUUACGUCAUUCCUUGCAGAGCCAGCAUAUAUGUGUCUACAUUUCCCCGACUGCUUGUCUCCUCUAGAAGAAUGUUUAUUCCUAUCGAAGCCGUUAGGUGAUUUACUAAGUCACUUGAAGAUGCCAUAAAGUGGGCUUUGUCGAAAUGUUCUCAAGAUUAUUGAUUAUUUUACAAUAUCUGUCAGGAAUACAUAAGUGUAUAGUUUCGCGCCAUGUUUAAAAUGAAGAGAUGAAUUUCAAGCACGCACAAGCGUUCUGUUGCAUACCAAAACGACUGUUUUAACUACAAUAGUGUGUAUAACUACAGGUGCAUAGCACAUAAUGCAUUUGUUGUGAAAAUGUUUUAUUUCAAUAAACGGUGUAUGCCAGUUGUUUUGCUGUUUUAUCA